UAGUCUUUUUUUUUGGUACCUUAAUGCCCGGCCAGAAGUUUUCUUGCUGCCUGAGGUCUACCUCUUGGUCUCACAGCCUGGAUGACAAUCAGUCCAUGUCUGCCACAGGCUGAAUGCAUUUAUGCACAUGUUUCAGAUUAUCACUGUCCAAGUGCGAUUCGCCAGCUUAUCAUAAUGAUGCGAGUCCUGAUAAUGCAGGUAAGACGACUUUCCUCAAAAGGCGGUCCGCCCUCGCAGCCUGAUGACAAGAUUCUCACAGUCACCUUCGCCGCGAAUAUCUGAAUACUGGAUGUCGAACACAUCGAGACAAGGUUUCAUCAUCACAAAAUGCCUACGAAAAGCCCAGAUAAUCGCCGCAUACCUACACUACAAACUUCGGCGAUAGAUUAUAUCCGGGGCUUUCAACAGUAUCAUAUGAACUUUUGGCUCUGCACGCUUCUCUUAUUCCUCGUGGAGCUCGGCUGCGCAAUCCUUGCUGCUCCUUCACCAAUGCUGCUAGAGACAGCUGUCUGUCGGUAUCAUUUUGAGAAAGACAGACAGCUUCUUAACGGAGAGCCAACAGAUGAGUUUUGCAGAAGUAAGGAGGUACAGGUGCAUUUCGCAUUCGUGAUAACUGUGCUGUCAACGCUAUCGACAUUGGCUGCGACUAUGAUGCAAAUCCCGAUGGGAAUACUUGGGGACGAAGGCGGCAUCCGUCUUGCUCUUAUGCUGAAUGUUACCAGUACUAUCUUCUACUGGGGAUGCAUAGCAGUCAUAGGAUCUCAACAACACUUUCCGCUCUGGGGCUUCUAUCUCUCACCGAUAUUUAUACUCUUCGGAGGUGGGCCAUGGGUAACCGGUACGCUUGUUUUCGCUGCCAUUAACGACAGUGUCAAGCCAGAACAAAGAACCACGGCUUUCUCGAUCAUGGAGGCGAUAUCAGGGAUCGCGGACCUCCUCGGGCCAAUUAUUGGCACAAUGACGAUGACUGCUCACCUCGGGAUUCCGUUCGCUCUCGCCCUCGCAGUUUUCUCUCUGAUGUUCAUUCCAGCCAGCCAUCUUCGCGAGAACACAGCGAACGAUAUAGAGUGUGUUGGAUCGUCACCAGCUGAGACCGAGUCACUUCUCAGUGUUGAAAGCGCUUCGGAUCGCGAAGAUACUGACUCACGGCAUAUCCAUAGGGAAAUAAUCCCCCCACGAGCCGUCAUAUUCGGCAUAUGUUUUGCCUGCCUUUUUUUCUUCCAGGUAGCAAGGGACUCCACGAAUUAUUUGAUCCCUUGGGUCUCUUUGCACUUUGGAGAAACCAUGGCCCAGGCCGGACUCUUGUUCUCUCUACGAGCAAUCAUGUCAUCUCUUCUAUACUUUGUUAUCUUGCCGCUUGCCACUUCUUGGCUAGAUCAGACUUGGCAAAUUGUCAACAGAGAUCUUGUCCUCUCUGCAUCUGGUGCUUUCUGUUGCACAGUAGGUACUCUCAUCGUCGCAACUGCACCAAACCUUGCGACAGUUGCUUUUGGAUUUGCACUGUCCGUUCUGGGAUCAAGUAUGACCGUUACAUUACGAUCCUUCCUUGCUUCCAAUGUCCAGACAGCCUUUUCAGGGCGGUUAUUCGCGGGCAUCUCUAUGACAGGGACUAUUGGUAGCCUCGUUGGCAUGCCCGUCAUGGGAGCUGCAUAUUCUUUGGGUAUCAACCACGACAUUGGGCUUCCUUUCCUGGUUUCAGUAGUAUCGUAUUCACUUGUCCUUGGGCUUCUUGUCUGGCUUGCAUUGAAGAUCUGACGUGGUGAGGGUCCAAGGGAAUCAGAGGGCAAGUCGCGAGAAAGGGUUGCUAGCCUCAAGACAAUUAUGCGUGGAUAUGAAACAACCAAGCACUCAAUUGGGGCCCACGUUGAAGUUGCAAUGGAUAUGUCCUAACUACCUCUGGCUACAUAUUUC